GGUCAUGUCAGUGUGGUUUUCUAGAGCAGGAGGAGGGACUUUAGCUUUGCUGGCCAAGUCUUGACAGUUAGUAGCUAGCAGGGAGCUGUAUGCUAAUGUUAGCAGACGGGGCAGAAAUGCCGUUAUGGUCAAAAAGUGCGGAAAACGCCUUUAGUUUGUCGGGGUUGGUUUAAGUGGUGCCAGGACUCGCCCGGACUUGGAGGAAGCUCGGGCGUAGAUGUAGACGGGCUGCCCCAGCUGCUUAAGGAUAUGAUCAUAUGAGGGCAGACCACUUCAAAGUGGAUGAAACUAGGUCAGGCUGAAUCAAACCAGACUCAGACCAGAUCACAACAGAGCAGACCAUACUGAUUCAGACGAUACCAGGCCCGUCCAGGAAGCCCGUUCCAGUUUCCUGUCCAGUUGAGGGCUCCAGAGUGGAUGGAAGGAGAUGAUUUUAACACACAGGCUGUGAUGAACAUCUGUGAUGACCUGAUGGCAGACCAAAGGAUGGACAUCUCGUCUACAAUGACUGACUUCAUGUCCCCCAGCUCCACUGACCUCAUCUCCAGUUCCAUCAGCACGCCUGGCAUGGACUACACCCGCAAAAGGAAAGGCAGCACCACCGACUACCAAAUUGAUGGCUUCUCAUUUGACGACAUGGACCCAGAUAAAGAUAAACUGGGAAGUGACCAACAGGGCCGGAUUAAGAAUGCCAGAGAGGCUCACAGCCAGAUUGAGAAACGUCGCAGAGACAAGAUGAACAGUUUCAUCGAUGAGCUGGCGUCACUGGUGCCCACCUGUAAUGCCAUGUCCCGCAAGCUGGAUAAACUGACAGUCCUCCGGAUGGCUGUCCAACACAUGAAGACGCUCAGAGGUGCAGCCAAUCCGUACACAGAGGCAAACUACAAGCCUUCCUUCCUCUCAGAUGAUGAACUGAAGCACUUGAUACUAAGGGCUGCUGAUGGCUUCCUGUUUGUGGUCGGAUGCGAUCGUGGCAAGAUCCUGUUUGUUUCUGAAUCCGUGUACAAGAUUCUCAACUACAGCCAGAACGACCUGAUAGGUCAGAGCCUGUUUGACUACCUUCACCCCAAGGACAUUGCCAAGGUCAAAGAGCAGCUGUCAUCCUCUGAUACAGCCCCACGAGAGAGACUCAUCGAUGCUAAAACUGGUCUUCCUGUGAAGACAGACAUCACCCCCGGUCCUUCUAGACUCUGUUCUGGAGCUAGGCGGUCAUUUUUCUGCAGGAUGAAGUGCAACAGGCCGUCUGUCAAAGUAGAAGAUAAAGAUUUUCCCUCCACCUGCUCUAAGAAAAAAGCGGACCGUAAGAGCUUCUGCACUAUCCACAGCACAGGCUACUUGAAGAGCUGGCCACCUACCAAGAUGGGUCUCGACGAAGACAAUGAACCUGACAAUGAGGGCUGCAACCUGAGCUGCCUCGUGGCCAUCGGCCGCCUGCACCCCCACAUCGUCCCCCAGCCCAGCCUGGCAGACAUCAGGGUGAAGCCGACAGAGUACGUCUCCCGGCACGCCAUCGACGGCAAGUUCGUCUUCGUCGACCAGAGAGCCACAGCCAUCCUAGCCUACCUACCCCAGGAGCUGCUGGGAACUUCCUUCUAUGAGUAUUUCCACCAGGAUGACAUCAGCCACCUGGCAGAAUGUCAUAGACAAGUGCUGCAGAUGAGGGAGAAGAUUAACACCAACUGUUACAAGUUCAAGAUCAAAGAUGGCUCCUUCAUCACGUUAAGAAGCAGAUGGUUCAGCUUUAUGAACCCCUGGACCAAGGAGGUGGAGUACAUCGUGUCUACCAACACUGUGGUGUCGUGUCCUAUGAUGGAGGGAUCAGAUUACCCUCAGUCUGCUGCCUCUCCACAGAGUAUGGACAGUGUUCUGACCUCAGAGGGUGGGGGGAGGCGGGCUCUGCAGACGGUGCCUGGUAUCCCCGGUGGCACAAGAGCGGGAGCUGGGAAGAUUGGACGCAUGAUUGCUGAGGAAGUGAUGGAGAUCCAGAGGAUUCGAGGCUCCUCCCCCUCCAGCUGUGGCUCCAGCCCUCUGAAUAUUACCAGCACACCUCCACCCGACACCUGCUCACCAGGGGGCAAGAAGAUUCAGAACGGAGGAACGCCCGAUCUGCCGAGCACGGGGAUGCUUCCUGGACCCGACUCUGUUGGCUACCCCUACUCCAACCAGUCCAUCAUGAGUGACAACUCCCACCUGAGCAUAGACAUCAUGGAUGAGCCCGGUUCCAGCAGCCCUAGCAACGACGAGGCGGCCAUGGCUGUCAUUAUGUCCUUGCUGGAGGCGGACGCCGGCCUCGGGGGGCCCGUCGACUUCAGCGACCUACCCUGGCCGUUGUGAGGAAGCUGGGAGGGACGAGCCGGAGCUGCUGACGUGGGGUUGACGUCUGGUUGCCACGUUUUCCACCCUGUGUGCAUGACGGCGCCGCAAAAAUGCCCAUCUUAACAAAAAAGGAAGAAAAAAAAAAAACGCUCUGUAGAUACAGAAGAGAUCCUCUCUCUUUAGGUGUCCAUCGGACUGGAUGGCCGUUAGGUUUCAUCCCCAAUUUUUGGUUCAUCAUUCCCUGCAGGUGGAGCUGAGAUCCUGUUAAGAUGCUCAUUUUUCCAGUGCUGGUUUUCUAACGUUGCCACGGUGAGAAACCAUUUCUCUAACAACAGCGGUGCUGACAUGUCGAUGCUCCUUCACUCUCUGCCCCAUCAACCCAAAUUAACAGAAGCCCCCCCCCCCUCCAAGACACUCGAGACAGUGGCAGAAGUUUAAUAGUGUUGUGUUGGGUGGUGAGCCCGCUGUCUCCGAGGUUUCCCUGUAGGAUACUGUACAAGCACGAGGACGUAAACACACAACAGAAGAUACUCAGAGGACCUUUAUUCCCAAAAUUCCACUACCAGGUGUAUCUCACGUAUUUAAAUUCUUCUUUCUUUUUGUAAAGACCGAGUUGUUUUGGAAGGCACCGCCCAGCUGCUGUUUCCAGAGUUUACGCAAACUUUUACUCCAAGCUGCUCAUCCUCGUCUGUUUCCUCAGAAAUACCGAACUUCUCCGUUUCCUUCUGUGUUCACUCAAACAGCCUGCAGUGCUUCUGAGAGAGGCAUUAGGAAGCUAGCAAAAAAAAAAAAGGUGAAAGCGCUGGAAUUGAGGGGGGGUUGUUGGGUUGAGGAUCCCUGUGCGUGUGCCUGUGUGUAUGUUGAGAAACAGACCAGUAAGGUUUAAAAGGUUGGCCUGUGUGGCCUUGCUUAUAAAUCAAACUGAUCUUUUUACUAUUUUACUGUUAUUUUCUAGUGAAUGUGGACAUGCUUCCCAUAUGGAAGGAGGAGGAAUAAAGUGAAACAUUGCAAAUAUAAUAAAAAUCCCAGCAGUAAGCGAGACGGGUGUGCAGGAGCUCCGUAAGGUCGGGGGUCGUGGGUUCCAUGCGUCACAUGUUGCUGUCCAUUUAAAAGGCUCUGGUGAAAUAAAGCAGGCGAUUAGAACAGCAUCGGAAUCGUGGAUAGAUUUAACAGACUGACUAAACACAGCCACGGGUCUAAACUCACACACACCUACCAAGGACCAAAUGCCACACGGCUGCAGUAAUAACACAGCUGGCAUUGCAGAAGCUCUCGUUUCGUCCAACUCAUGCAGCGCCCCUCUGUGCCGUCACUUUAAGGCCUUGAUUAAACCCAUCGGAAAUCCGAUGUCCUUGUAGUCGUUCCUGUGUUUGACGUAAUCGAUGGUACCGCCACUGUCUGCUUGAGCAUGAACAUCAAAGAUCAAAAAAUGCCGAAUAAAAAGCAGACAGUGGCUGCAGUGGUUUUAAUACUCUGGUUCUUAUUUUAGAGCUUAGUUUUUCUCUUCAGCCCACAGAGCAGUUUUUCCUCAUACCACUCUAGAUGCUCUCUGCAGGUAGACGGGCCUGGACACAAUGUAGUGUAGAUACUCCACGGAUGUCCAUGUGGUCACAGAGAACAGGCAGGUGAGCAGACAUCCUCACAGUCACCGAUGACGAAGCCUCGAAAGUCCGUUUGGUUCAUAAUUUGUGACAAAUUUGCAUCACUCAGACUCGAGCAGACUCCAGAGUCUUAUUUCUUCAGCGUCAUCUUUACUGAGUUCCCAGCUCAGCUGCUGCACCUGAAGUUUUAAAUUUUUGCAUUAUUGGCCAGAGAUCCUUUAUUAACCAACGUUAAGCUUUUUCCUUUCACCACUGAAGCUUUUUAAAUAACUGGUGCUCAGCAGUGAUCUUAAGCCCAAACUACAGAAGUCAUCUAUUAACAAAAAAAAAAAAAAAGUGCCAAAUCUUUUAUUUGCGUUAUGUUCGUCCCUAAAGAAGAAAGAGGAGGAAAAAAUCCAAACCGAUCGAAGACCCGAACCUUGAGGCAGCGUCGGCAGCUCGACAUGCGGCCAGUCAUCAAUACCAAAGGUGAAAGAGAGAGUGCUGCAUGAGAGUCAAGCUCAGGCCUUAAUCAGCUUAGCCAACUGAAUAUCUCCAAUCUGUCGUAAACUUUUUGAUAUAUAUUGGACCAAAAAGGCUAAAAAGUGUAAAUCUACUGUCAUCAUUCAUUAUUUUAAAAACAAGGCCUAUAAACACGGUGCGACUCCACUGAACCUAAAUCCCCUCUGAGUAUCAAGCAGCACAGUCCCACAGGGAGACCCAUAAACCAGCUCUGAAUAUAAGACUGUCUUGAUGCACAGAUUGACCUGCAAUGCUGGAAUCUUUCAAAGGGAUUAAAAAAAAAAAAAAAAAAAAAAAAAAAUGACCAUCAGCAAAGAUCUGCUGCUUCUCGUGGACGGCCUCCUGCUUGUUUAUCUCUGGUGGGCUUCUGAGCAUUGGCAGCGAGUGCUCCGCCGGAGAGGAGCGAACAGCUGGAGUGAAACUCUGACAGCUGUCAGAACAAAGAACAAGGCUUUAAUGGGGGGAAAAAAGGAGGUUAAUUGAGUCCGGUGGGAGCAGCAGCUGUAUGGGCGGGCACACUCGGUGUGCUCGACAGCAAACCAGGACUGUUCAAGUGCUCCUCCUUGAGGAAAUGUUCUUCACUGCCAUUUUAUUGACAAUGCGGGAGGCGACGCGGCGUCAGCCUGCUAACAUACAAACCUAUAAGCUUGGGUUACAGGGUCUCCACCUGCUCACCCCCUCACUGAUCCUUCAGCCUCCCAGUCUUGUGUUGAACUGGGGCUGAAAGAAGCUGAAAAAAACAAAACACCUCAGAGUUGAUUUAUUUGCAGAUUUGCCGUACGUGGAUUGAAAAAAGACUGCAGUUACCCUUAAAUUUGGUCCCCCCCUUCACCCAACUGUUAAUUCCAACUACCUUAUUAACGGCUGGUGAACAAAGAGGACUUUGUAAUGAAGAUGGACCUCACCAACGUCUCUAAGCACUUCCUGCAACAGUUUCUGGGGGUCAUGAGAGAUUUCCAGUAGCCUUUUUUUUUUUUUUUUUUUCCUAUAUGAUGACGACGAUCCCUGAUAUGACCUCUUCACCUCUCUGCUGUCACAGCCCCGGGCCUUUGUGUUGUCAGAUAAAUUAGAGGCGGACAUGACAAAAACCAAAAGAAGCAAAGACACAAUCAGAUUUGCCUUUUAACUUGCUGAAAUCUAUUUUGGAAACAAAAACAAAAAUCAAAUUAGAUGUUUGGAAAUAUUUUUUUAAUGGCGCUGCAUUAUAAAUACAUUAUGAAGGCUCUGGUUUGGAGUUGCAGAGAUAAAACCUGGAUUUGAGUCUGAAAGACGAAAUCCCAGAGAUGUAUUUUAAAAAGUAAAUAAAUAAAAAACACAGAAACUAAAGAAAUUAAUUUUCCUCAUCGCUCUACAUGAAGGACUUCUUAGUUAAUUUGCAAAGCGUAAGCAAAAUAAAAAUGUGUUCUUGUGUAUGACAUGAAAAAGGUCUUUAAAGGGCUGAUGUGUAACUUCUCAGCUUCUCACUGUGACCAGCACAUUCUUAUACAAACACAAGGCUUCCUGUCAAACUUUGAACACUUCUGAUGUGGGCGGGGCUAACACUUUAGGAAAAUACUUUUUCAUGAUGGGUUUUCUUUUUUUAACUUUCAAAGAAAAUACAUGUGAGACACAAGCUGGGCUAAUACAAGUCACCUGUUUUAUUUCCACGUGGGCAGAAAAAGUUAACAUCGACCAACUGUGGCUGAAAACAAAGCAGCUUUUAAAAGAAAUCCUUAUUUGAGGAGGCUGAAUGCUGCAAGCUUGGCAGCUGCAGCACCAGCUGCUGUUUGGACCUCGGCCGCUUAAGCCGGGCUCAGACUCCGCCUCCUCCUCCGUCCUCCUCCAAUCAGGCAGCCGCUGGCAAGGUCCCCUUUGUAUCUGUUCUAGUGGGUUUAUUUCUGUUUUAAGUGUUUCUACUCUACACACUACAAUAAAGUGUUCUCCUUGUUGAUAUCUCCCUGCCCCACCUGACGAUAAUGUAUCAAAUCUUUAAAUAUUAUCAUGUUAAGAGUAUACUUUAUGCAAAUAUAUAUGAGUAUGAUGAGUGUAUUGUAUGUAUCAGCAGUGAAAUAUUUUUAAAAUAAAAUUAUUUGUUUCUGUCA